AUGGCGUCUUUCGCCCCAGGUCUACGUCGACUAGCCGUUCGGCUGUCGACUCCAGCAAUUGUCUGCCGCCAAUGCCAGCAUCAGCAUGUUCCCUUGCGCUCACCAUCACGCAUCAUCAACAUCGUACGAUCCCGCCAGUAUGCCGUCGCAAAGGCACCAUCUAUGAGCUUCACGGCCAAUGCCGCGGCUGAGCAGGUUCAGGCUGCGCCGUCUGUGGCGAAGGAGGCUGCAAAGGCUGCGAGCAAGUCCUUUCCCGAAAAGACGACCUCGAAGCCUGUCGCCAUCUGGCUGCUGGGCAGCGCUGUCAGUGUCUUUGGUCUUGUUGUCUGGGGUGGCCUGACGAGGUUGACCGAGUCUGGUCUCAGUAUCACCGAGUGGCGUCCCGUUACCGGCUCCCUACCUCCCUCGACCCUUGAAGACUGGCAAUCCGAGUUCGACAAGUAUCGUGCCUCGCCCGAGUUUGCGCUCCUUAACCCGCACAUGACCAUGGACGAGUUCAAGCAGAUCUACUUUAUGGAAUGGAGCCACCGUGUCUGGGGCCGUCUCGUCGGCAUGACCUUCGUCCUGCCUGCCCUUUACUUUGUCGCACGACGCCGCGUCUCCAAGCCCAUGGCAGCCAAUUUGCUCGGCAUUUCCCUGCUGAUUGGCUUCCAAGGCUUCAUCGGCUGGUGGAUGGUCAAGUCUGGCCUCAAGGACGACCUCUUUGCCCCUGGCUCGCAUCCCAGGGUUAGCCAGUACCGCCUGACGGCCCAUCUUGGCACCGCCUUUGCCUGCUACUCCUGGAUGCUCCUGACGGCCCUGACCAUCCUGCGCACGCGCAAGCUGACGGCUGACCCCGUUGCCGCCGUCAAGUCCCUGCACGUCCUUAAGCACGCUGCCAUCACGCCGUUCCGCCGUUCCAUCUACGGCCUGACCGCCCUUGUCUUCACGACUGCCAUGUCGGGCGCCCUAGUCGCCGGUCUCGAUGCCGGACUCAUCUACAACGAGUUCCCCAAGAUGGGCCUCGGCCUGACGCCCCCCAAGGCGGAGCUCUGGGAUAAGUUUUACGCGCGCAAGGCCGACGGCUCGGACCUCUGGUGGCGCAACAUGCUUGAGAACCCCAGCACCGUCCAGCUCGACCACCGCAUCCUCGCCAUGACCACCUUCACUACCAUCCUCACGCUCUUUGCGUACUCGCGCCGUGCCCGCGUCGGCGCCGCCCUGCCCAAGGACGCCAAGAAGGGCAUGCUCGGCGUCGUCCACCUCGUCUGCCUGCAAGCCGCCCUCGGCAUCAGCACCCUCAUCUACAUGGUCCCCAUCCCCCUCGCCUCGGCCCACCAGGCCGGCAGCCUGCGCUGCUGA